AUGUCUCAGUUGAAAGAUUUUGUUUUCUUCCUCUUAUCCAGUCCUACCACUCUGUUGGGGGCUGUUGCUGUCCUGCUCGUCCUCUGUCUUUUCUCCAGUAAUUUCAUCUCCCAGGAAAUGUGGAAGGAGCCUCCAGGGCCGAGGCCUCUGCCCCUGCUUGGCAACCUAUUGCAGCUGGAUCUCAACAGACCCCACAAAACCCUGUGUGAGCUUUCAAAGAAAUAUGGAUCUGUAUUUAAGGUUUACUUUGGAACCAACAAAGUGGUUGUGUUAGCUGGAUACAAGACAGUCAAAGAGGCUCUGGUCAGCUAUGCAGAAGAGUUUGGAGACCGAGACAUUUCCCCCAUUUUCUAUGACAUCACUCGAGGUCACGGAAUUCUGUUUGCAAAUGGAGAAUCCUGGAAAGAGAUGAGACGUUUUGCCCUCUCCACCCUCAGAGACUUUGGGAUGGGCAAAAGAGUUGCUGAGGAUAAAAUCUUAGAGGAAUGCUGCCAUCUGAUUAAAAUGUUUGAUGAGCAUAAAGGGAAACCAUUUGAUACAAAAUGUCCAGUGAAUUAUGCAACAUCCAAUAUUAUCUCCUCUAUCGUGUACGGAAGCAGAUUUGAAUACAGUGACCCUCGAUUCAAAAACCUCGUAAGACGAGCCAACGAGAGCAUUCGCAUUACUGGUUCUGCAACAGUCCAGCUUUACAACAUGUUUCCCCGGCUGCUCAGUUGGAUAAAAAACCGGCAGCUGAUAUUAAAAAAUGCUGAGAGGACUAUCAGUGAUGUCAAAGAUUUGAUCAAGCAUCUGAAAGAGACACUGAACCAUCACAUGUGCAAGGGGCUUGUGGACUGUUUUCUGAUUCGGAAACAGAAAGAGGAGGAAUCACGCAUUAUAGACACUCAUUUCCAUGAGAACAACUUGAUAUUUACAGUGACCAACCUGUUUGCUGCUGGUACUGACACCUCAGCAACUACACUUAGAUGGGGUUUGCUUCUUAUGGCCAAAUAUCCACAAAUCCAAGACCAGGUCCAGGACGAGUUGAGCAGGGUUGUUGGAAGCCGUCAGGUCCGAGUAGAUGACCGUAAAAACCUGCCCUACACGGAUGCUGUCAUUCAUGAGACACAGAGACUCGCCAGCAUUGUCCCCAUGUCACUUCCUCACAAAACCAGUCGAGAUGUCACCUUCCAAGGCUUCUUUAUCAAAAAGGGGACUAUUGUGUUUCCUCUGCUUACUUCUGUACUGUACGAUGAGAGUGAAUGGGAGAGCCCACACACUUUCAACCCUUCCCACUUCCUGGAUAAUGAGGGUACAUUUAUCAGGAGAGAUGCCUUCAUGGCCUUUUCUGCAGGUCGCAGAGUGUGUCUUGGAGAGAGUCUAGCCAAGAUGGAGCUCUUCCUCUUAUUCACCACCCUCCUCCAGCGCUUUCGUUUCACUCCUCCACCUGGAGUGACAGAAGAUGAUCUGGAUCUGACUCCUGCUGUGGGCUUUGUCCUCAGUCCUUCACCUCAUGAGCUGUGUGCCGUCAGUCGACAAUGAGGCAGCUUUAUCACUGCCUGUGGCAAUGGCUUUAAUAUUCUUCUACUCACUGUCACACAGGCAGAAAUGUCAUCACUUGUAUGUUCACCACCAUG